AUGACAAUCCUCAGUUUUGUCACUGUCUUGUGUGUUGUUAUGAGCUUUAGCAGUGAAACAACAGCAGCACUUGAGAAUACGCAUCUUCGAUUUGCUGUCAUACCCAAAUGGCAAGACAAUCCUUAUUUCCAAACCGUUGGUGAUGGCUGCAAACGAAAAGCAGCACGCCUGACACAAAAGUUGUCCCAGCAAAAAAAGAAUGUGACCAUUGAGUGUGUCUUUGUGGGCCCCACUUCAGAGGACCCCAAUGAUGUCGCUUCUCAGGAAAACAUUGUCCAAAAAAUGGCUUCUAGUGGUGACAUUCAUGGCAUUGCCAUUUCUGUCAUUGACGAACGAUCCAUCGUGUUUGCAUUGGAAGAAGCAAGAGCAAAAGGCAUUCCUGUCAUUACCUUUGACUCGGAUAUUUCCAAAGGCGGCAGAGACUACUUCGUAGGGACCAACAAUUCUGUGUUUGGCAAAUGGAUGGCCCGUGCAGCGACCCAGUUGAAACCGGAAGGAGGGACUUUUGGUGUCUUGAUAUCAGGCCACUCUCCCAAUAUGAUGGAGCGUUACAAUGGGAUUGUCAAAGAGCUAGAGGCCAGAAAGACAAAAACGCAUCAGUGGCAAGAAAUUCCAGGGAGCCCCCGAAAUGCCAACGGCGACGUCAAUACUGCCAUUGACCAGUUGGAGAGAAUGGCCAAAGAAAAACCAACCGUGAUUGUAUCAGCCAUGGGACUGCCCAUGAGAAUUGUAGUGGAUCAAACCCAAGACCCCCCAGUUUCCUACUCUCCCUGGACAACGUUUGUGGACAAAUAUCACGACGCAAAUAUUGCAUUCGUGUGCGGGGAUGCUAUGCCCCAUCAAUUCGACCUCUUCAACGCAAACUUUGUUCAAGCCCUUGUGGGACAGGACCCUUCUGCGCAGGGAGAAAAAAGCAUUGAGAUUCUUUACGAAAUGGUCAGGGAUCCAACCCAGAAUCUGAGCAGUAAUGCAGCAAUGGUAAUUACAACUGAUGUAAUGGGGUAUCAUGUGAGGGUUCCAACCCGACUACCCGAGAGAGAACUUGACCACAAUUUGCUGGGAGGGUUGGCAUUCGUUGGGUACUGCCUAUGCGCAGUUGUUACGGCCACGGCCCUCUCAUUUAUUACAUGGGUCCAUGUUCAUCGAAACGUUCGAGUUGUGCGUGUCAGUCAGCCAAGAUUUCUGAUUAUGAUUGCUUCGGGAGUCUUGAUCAUGAGCCUUGCACUGAUACCUUUCUCCAUGGACGACGGGGGAGGCGAAAAGUUCAACUGCUUCGAAAUUCGUGAUGACGGGGACCCUCCUGUCGAUGUCCGGUGUGAGGUGAUUUGCAUGAGUCCGGUGUGGUUGGUUUGUUUGGGGUUCACGACGUGCUUCAGCGCUCUUUACGCCAAGACGCAUAGGAUAAACAAGGUCUUCAAGUCACAAUCUGCAUUCUCGCGCGUGAAGGUGUCGGAAACGGAUGUCAUGGGGCCGUUUGCUGUCCUCACCCUGUUGAAUAUAGUAAUACUGCUCUGUUGGACGUUUGUGGACCCAUUGACGUAUCUUCGAGAACCUGACUCCGAGACUGACGGGUGGCAUCGUGUUGUUUCGACACGAGGAAGAUGCAAGAGUUCUCACAUCGAAUACUUCCUUGUACCUCUGGCAUGUGUCAACUUGGGUGUUCUGCUGAUGGCGAACUGGCAAGCAUAUGAAGCAAGAGACAUUGAAGCCGAAUUUGCGGAGGCAAAGUAUAUAGGGAUUACGAUGGCGAGCAUGUUGCAAGCCUUGAUCAGCGGAAUACCAGUCAUGUUCAUUGUCUACGAUUUGCCGCAAGCCUUUUAUAUGGUCUCCACGCUGUUGCUCUUUGUCAUCUCGAUGGUUAUCCUCAUGGUCAUAUUCUUCCCAAAGGUUCUCUUUACACGUGAGUUUCUGUCAAUGUCUGUGGGCGAUCAGCGGGCAUUCAUCGCCCAGGCGAUUCGACGGGCUAGCGUGCGAAUGAUGGACAACUCAAGUGGUACCGGUACGGGAUCUGUUCGAAGAAUGUCGUCCGCCGGCGGAGACAGACCUGACAGACCCAACUGGUGGGUACCUAAUAGCACCCUGACAUCACCGUUCCAGCAGACGCCUGCAAGGGAAUCCGAGAGUGUCGAUUCUUUUGCCGAGGAGGACGAUAACCAGAGCGAGGAGUUAGAACUGCGGCAGCAAGCUGCCACCGUUGGUACCGGUCGCGGUGACGGGAUGUUGGUUUUCCGGAGAAGUACCGCCUCUCGAACUUCUUCUGUUGUAGACAUUCACAUUGCCUCUUUGAUCGAGUCAAUCAAGGAAGCCGAGAUUAUGCGCAACAGCGGCAUGGCCGUGCAGUCGGUUGGGGUACAAUCUUCUGCUGGAUCUUCUUCGUUGCUUCCACCAUGCUCAGAAGAAGAGGAGGAUGAUAACGCAGCACACUCCUCCAACAUAUUCGACAAUAUGCCUAAAGAUCCUGAUAAACCCUAG